UUUGGGAUUCAUAAUGACCCAUCUACUCGUCAGGCUUUUGAUAUAUGAGCAGGACGAGAUCGUGCAUAACUCAAGUAUCUCAGCAGAUCCCAAACAAGAAGUUAGAAUACUUUGCUUCGUUUUGGCUAGCCCCGAUGACAAUAAGGCGAUACAUGUUAAACGCACUUGGGGAAAGCGCUGCAACAUUCUACUAUUCAUGAGCUCAGUGUCGGAUAAAGAACUACCUACGGUCAAGUUGCCUGUGGAUGAAGGGAGACACAAUCUAUUCAAAAAAGUUAAGGAAUCAUUCAAAUAUGUGUACGAGCAUCACAUUAAGGAUGCGGACUGGUUUGUGAAAGCUGACGAUGACACUUAUAUGAUUGUUGAGAAUUUGCGAUACUUGCUCCAUCCUUAUUCGCCAGAGAAGCCUCUUUAUUUUGGCAUGAGGUUUAAUAGCAACUUGCCUCAUAAGAAUUAUACGUAUAUGUCUGGAGGCGCUGGUUAUGUCCUUAGUCGUGAAGCUUUACGACGCUUGGUAGAAGAAGCUUUCCCUUAUCCCAGUAGGUGCAAUGAAACAGGUCUCUUCGAAGAUGUGGAAAUGGGAACCUGUCUGCAAAAUGUGCACGUUGUGGCUGGGGAAUCCCGUGAUGAAAAAGGGCUUGAACGCUUCAAUGCAUUUCCUCCUUCAUAUUUAUUAAGGGACAAUUUGGACGAUUAUUGGCUUCUGAACGAUAUAUUUUACAAGAAACAAAAGAACCAGAUUUGUUGUUCAAGUAAAGCCAUAUCUUAUCACUACUUAAAUGAAAGUCUAAUGUAUCAUUUGGACUAUCUGGUUUAUCAUUUCCAAUUAUAUGGAGGUACGAAUACCCCCCAUUGAGCUGCCAAAAAAGGUUCCAGAAGAUGAAAACUAAACCAUCGAAACCUAAAUACGUUUCUAAGAAACAAUUUGCAAAUUUUUAGUUUUUGUAACAUUCGAUAAUAUACAUGUAUGUAGUACUAAA